GUACGGUUUGAGAACGAGUUAGUCAUUUUAGAGAACAAAAACAUUUUCAAAAACCCCAAACUCAAGUUCCAACUUGCUGCCUCAAUGGGUGCUUUGUUUCUGAUUGGAUUGACAGAUCAGGUUGUCGGAUCGUUAUUAGAAUACUUUUUGGCGGAGUACCAUAUCGACAGAGUGAAGAUUUCCUACCUCUUUUUUGCACAGUUCUGUGGCUAUAUCCCUUCAAGUAUAUUCAACAACUAUAUGAUGGGGAAAUAUGGGAUACACAAACUCUUCUACUCAUCGUGCUUGAUCAUGUGUGUUACGUCAACAUUCUUCUUCUUCAAGGCUCCAUUUUUUCUCUUACCCAUCUGCUCGGUAUUCAUUGGAUGGUGCAAUGGUACUUUUGAUUGCUGCUUGAACUAUUUUGUCGGCAGCUUAGACUACUCCAAUGAACUUCUCGGAAUAAUGCAUUCCAUGUACGGUAUGGGAUGUUUGAUUACUCCCGUUUUCUCUAUAUAUCUAAUACAACACGGUAUGGCUUGGAAUCAUUAUUAUAUUUUUUUGUUCGGUACUGCCUUUGUCAACUUUCUACUAGCCUACUUUUUUUUCAAAAAUGAAACAAGUGCAAAGUAUAGAUACGUUGCCUCAUUGGAGAGGAAAAAUAAUUCAGAGGAUAGUGAGUUCUUAGGAGAACUCGGUUUGGAAGACCAAUCAGAGCCAACCAUUCGUGAAACGUUGGCUAACAAAUACAUAAUAUUCUAUUCAGUUGCUCUAUUUGCAUAUGUUGGAAGCGAGUUAAGUGUUGGUGUGUGGCUUAAUAACUAUUUAUUUAGAAUCCAGAAGCUGACAGAAGAAAAGUCCUCAGUUAUCACUUCCACUUUCUGGCUUUUUAUGACUUUGGGUAGGGGAGUUAUGGGAUUCUUUACGGGUCGUUAUUUUCAGGACAGUGAGAUUCAUGCCAUUGUCAUAUACUGCUUUGUUGUUGCUGGAGGUUGUUUGAGUUUCUGGAUAUGCGAGUUUUCUGUUCUUUUGCAAACGAUUUCAAUAUGUGUUGCAGCUUGGUUCGUGGGGCCAUUAUUUGGGACCACAAUCAUUAUUGCUCUGAAAACGCUUCCUAAAAGAUAUGCAUUACACGGCAUUUCUCUAAUCGCUGGGUUCGGUGGCACAGGUGCAGCUAUCGUUCCUGCCCUCAUGGGCUAUAUUGCAGAAAACUUUGGCGCCACAGACGGCGAACCUGCAGACGGUGCAGGCUUAAAGUACUUUCCCGAAGUUAUCUUUUUUACAUUCUCUGCAGCUGCAAUGCUUUGGUUUGUUUUUUAUAUGUCCAAUAAGCGGACUUUCGAU